AUGAAUAAAACUCCAUCACAUCCUUCCUAUCAAGUCUUAGAAAAUGAAUUUUCUACCCAGUUUGGCAUAAAAGAAAGUAGCUACCAAAAAGCAAACAUUUUCUCAAAGAUUCUCACUCAUUGAGUGUAUAGACUACUUAAAUUGGGAAGGUCUCGCCCACUUCAGCGAGAAGAUAUUGAUGGCAUUCGGGAAAAAGAAAGCGUGCAAUAUCAGAAAGUCAGAUUAAAGCCUUACUUGCAGAAGUAUGUUUUUGAGAGAAAAGGUGAUAAAAAUGGUUUAUUGAAGACUAUGUAUAGUCGAUUUCUUUUUGAUAUCAUUUCUCUUGCCUUGAUUGGAUCUUUGGCUUCGAUAAUGGAUUAUAGUGGAGCUGUCUUUAUUCAGCUUUUAGAAAAUUUCUUACUUGAUGACCAGCCUUAUUGGGUUGGAUUUUUAUUAGUUGGUAUUUUGCUAGUUUGCAAAUUCAUACAAGCCACUUCUAACAGCCAAUAUAGAUUCCAUUCAAGUAUUCUAGGAGCCCACAUUAAAUCAUCUCUUUCUCCAAAUAUUUAUGAAAAAACAUUAAAAAUUGCACCAACUGAAGCCAAAAACAAAAAAGAAAAUUUCGCAUAUGGGCAAUUGGUGAAUUUAAUCCAAGUUGACUUAGAAAGAAUUACAACAGGAAUUCCGUAUUCAUUAAGAAUUGUACUUUGCCCAAUUCAAUGAGCUGUAGGAAGCUAUUUACUUUAUAAUUCAGCUAAAUUGAUAGGCAUCACUUCUGGGUUUAUAGGAAUGGGCCUUUUAUUUUUUGUGAAUAUGAUAAUAGCAAGAAGAGUUUCAGCAAUCCAAAAGAUGCUUAUGGAAAAAAGAGAUAAGCGCAUGAAAUAUUGCACUGAGUUGCUGCCUAAUAUGAAGGUUUUUAAAAUGUACAACUGAGAGAAAAAAAUAGCUGAAAGAAUAUUACAAGCUAGAAAUUUGGAGUUGGCUUUACUCAAAAGGAAUGCAAAGUUUCAAGUGACGAUGGCGUUUUUAACUUGGGGAGCAAGAAAUUAUUUAGCUAUAGCGAUUAUUGUUACUAUGGCUCUAACAGGAGUGCAAUUGACUCCAGGGAACGUUUUUUCUUCAAUGGCGGUUAUUGGGAUUUUGAAUAGUUCAGUUAAAUCAAUUCCUGAUAUUAUUACGAAUUUUAUGAAUAUGGUUGUAAGUUUGAGAAGAAUUCAGGAUUUCUUACAAACUAGAGAAAUUAAUGAAUAUAUCACGAGAUCUGAUGAUUUUUCAAACAGCAACACAGCAGUAAGCAUGAAUUUAGCAAGCUUCAGCUGAAAUAUACCAAGUGAGGAUCAAUCUGGAGAACUCAGAGAAGCAAAAUUAAUUUUGAAAGACAUCACUUUAAGUUUAGAAAAACGCAAGCUAUAUGCAGUUGUAGGCAAAGUGGGAUCAGGCAAAAGUUCUUUAAUUCAAGCAAUGAUUCAAAAUAUGAAUUUCAUCAGAACAUCAGACUCAUCUAGCAUUUCAAUAAAUGGAAGCAUAAGCUAUGUUUCUCAAGAGCCAUGAAUCCAAAGCACAACUCUUAUGAAAAAUGUCCUGUUUGGUCUCCCUAUGGAUGAAGAGAGAUAUAAAGAAGUGCUAAGAGUCUGCCAGCUUAAUCAAGAUCUUGAUAUUUUCCCAGCCAGAGAUUUAACUGAAAUUGGAGAAAGAGGAAUUAACUUGAGCGGAGGACAAAAAGCAAGGGUAGCACUCGCGCGUGCUGCUUACUCAGAUCAUGAUAUUUAUUUAUUAGAUGACCCUUUGAGUGCUGUAGAUUCUCACGUCUCAAGCGAACUGUUCUAUUCUUGUUUAAAAGACUUUUUGCGAGAAAAAACAAUUGUCUUGGUAACUAAUAAUCAAAAUUUUUUGCAUUAUGUCGAUAGAAUUAUUGUUUUGCAUGAAGGAAGUGUUAUCGAAGAAGGAACUUAUGAAGAGCUAAUUCAAGCAAAUGGGUACUUUUACAACCAAUAUUUGGUUUCAAGCAAAUUAAAUGCUGUGGCUAGAGAAAAUGUAGAAUCAAAUGAGAUCGAAGAAGAGAAGCCCCAGAAUAAAAAAAAAGAAUUUAGAAUAAUAGAAGAAGAAAGAAGGGAGACUGGACAAAUCAGUCUGCAGGUUUAUAAAACUUACUAUAGCUAUGCAGGAGGUUGGGUUACUUUUGCGGUUGUCCUAGGUAUUAUGGUAUUUUGGCAAGCAACUCGUAUGUAUUCAGAUAUUUUUUUAAGUGAAUGGACAAAUGAAGAUGAAGAAGAGCAAAGAGAGAAUGUGACGUAUAAUGUUAUUGUUUAUACAACAGUUAGUAGCUUGAUAAAUGUUUUUAUAUUUUUCAGAUUGGUAGUUAAUUAUGUAAACGGAAUCAAAGCAGCACAAAAGAUUUUCGAAAAAAUGAUAACCGCAUUAGUUGAUGCGCCUAUCAACAAAUUUUAUGAUGUAACUCCAACUGGAAGAAUUUUAAAUAGACUAUCCAAGGAUCAAAAUAAUAUAGAUGCUCACUCCCAGCUUGAUGAUCGAGCAUUUUUUUAUAUUUUAUGAAUUUAAAAUUUUGAAUAUAAAAUUUUUAUCUUAUCAAGCAUAGAGGCUUAAAAAUUUAGUAGAAAUAGUGAAAUGCUCAUUAUAAAUAUUAUUAUUUAUAUUAAAACAUAUUAUAUCAAAAAAUUUUUGUUCGCUCAAUAAGGGGAAGCCAGCUGAUCGCUUCAUUAAAUUUCUCAAUUGGCCAGUUUUUCCAGAUUUUUUCUAUUGCUUGCAUGGUUUCUUAUGUAAUUCCAUAUCAGCUAAUUGUUAUUCCUAUAGUGCUUUAUAUCGCUAUUAAAAUAAGACAAUUUUAUUUGUCAUCAUCAAGAGAGCUGGUAAGACUGGAGUUUAUGAGUCGAAGUCCAAUCGUCCAACAUUUUUCAGAAACUGUAAGUGGAUUGAGCAUUAUACGAGCUUUUGGUUACCAAAAGAAAUUUAUUGAGAAAAAUGCAUUUUUAUCAAACUCAAAUAUAGGUGUUUACUUCAUGCAGCAAGCUUGUGGCUGCUGGCUAGGCAUUACACUUGAGCUCGUCUCUGAUGUUAUUCUUGGCGUCAGCGCAUUAGUAAUUGUCGGUGUCAAAGGAUGAAUAAACCCAGGAUUAGCAGGGCUUGCUUUAUCUUAUGGAAUUACGAUCCCAGAUAAUAUAUUUAACUUUAUAAAUGCAAGCUCAAAUCUUGAAAAUUCAAUGGUCUCUGUUGAAAGAGCUAGCCAAUUGAUUAAAACUGAGAGUGAAGCGAGUAGAAAUAGACAUAAAGACCAAGAAUUGCUUAAUAGAGGCUGGCCAUAUGCAGGGAAAAUUGAGUUUAGAGAUUUUGAAAUGAAAUACAGAGAUAAUACAUAUGUUGUUAUUAAAGGAAUUUCAUGCGAAAUACAACCGAGAGAAAAAAUAGGAAUUGUAGGUCGAACAGGAUCUGGAAAAAGUUCUUUAUGCCUUGCAUUAUUCAGAAUAGUUGAGCCUUAUGCUGGAAAAAAAGAUAAAAAAUUUUGACGUCGGGCUCUAAGCAUGCUCCCUAUAGAGUAUAGAAGUUUCCUAUGUUUGGCGCUGUAAGGCCGAUAAAUUCUGAUCGGAAUUUAUCGGUUGGUUGCACCAAAUCAAUGCCUUGGUCGGACCAAAAGCGAUUUGGUCCGACGAACUUGGAAAGCUCCUGGUAAAAUGUCUGCGCUUUCAGCGCUAUAUAGAGGAAACCUCUAUAGUUAGACCCGUCUCGGUAGAGUUGAAAAUAUCUCUCUGUCGCUUAUGAAAUAUGCCUUGGGUUUUGAGGAUACCUGACGAAGCGGAAGUUUUUGUUUCUCCCCUAAGGUUUUCCCUGUCCCUUCAGAUGGGCUAGACAGGUUUUGCCUCCCCUUAGUCUUUGUGUGUCAGGGCAUCCGCAAGAGGUGGCUCUAACCUAAUAAUCCUUUCUAUCCUCAUAUGACCAUAUAGCGCGCUUAGCUUAUGCUGGAAAGAUUUUAAUUGAUGAUAUAGAUACAGCAGAAAUUGGCUUAGAUUUGCUAAGAGAAAAAAUAUCGGUCAUCCCACAAGAGCCAACGUUAUUCCAAGGAACAUUGAGAGAAAAUUUAGAUCCAUUUAGAAAGAAGACUGAUAAAGAAAUUAUUGAAGCAAUUAAGCUUGUAAAGCUUUUUUCAAAUGAAGAGCCUGAUAGCAUUCUUGCAAAAGAAAUUAAAGAAAAUGGGACUAAUUUUUCUGUAGGAGAAAAGCAGCUUUUAUGUAUUGCAAGGGCAAUAUUAAAAAAUUCGAAAAUAAUGUUUUUAGAUGAAGCAACUGCAUCAAUCGAUUAUAAAAUUGAUGGAGAUAUACAAGAAAUAAUUCGGAAAAAGUUCACUGACUGUACAGUGUUGACAAUUGCUCAUCGACUUCACACAAUACUUGAUUACGAUAGAAUUCUUGUUAUGGAUAAGGGGAAGAUUGCUGAAUUUGGCUCACCGCAACAAUUGAUUGAAAAUCAAGGGUUAUUUUACUCCUUUCUUCAAAAAAGUAAAGGAAAAUUAAGUGAGAACUAG